UUUCUUUUAUUACCUGUGAACACUGACUCACUCCGCAGCGAACCGGCCUCCUGCACAGGAGCCUCCUCUCUCUCUCUCGAUGUUGUUGGGCCACCACGGACACAUAACGCACAAAAUGACGAGUCUGGAUCCGCUGAAAUCCGCCAUCUCCAUCGGUAAUGUGGACGACACGUCUCUGGCUCUGCCGUCGGUGCACCAGUGCCGGUCCGGUCAGCAGCGAGUCCUGGAGCAGGUCCAGACUAUCAGGAGGACCAGGUCCAGACACUCCAGCAGCAGGAGCGGAGGAUCUACUUCUUUGUCUCCAACCAGUCCUACGUUUGACUCCGUGUUCAUAGAAACUUCGAAGUCUGGCACAUCUAAUGGAGGCCUCUUCUACGGGAAUGGCUUUGCUAAAACUCUCAGCCCGGAGAAAAACAUCAACCGGCAGUUAGUCAACGGCAUCAAGGGAACCAGCAUGAAGAAGAACUCGGCUGCUUCUGCCUAUCAGUAUGAGAGGGGUUACGCCCCCGUCGGCUCCAUGGCGGUCGGUCAAAUCAACACCAGCCGCAGCGAGUCUGCUGUGGCCCGGCAGCGCACCAUGCCAAAACAAUCUGCUCCUCCGCAGAGACUCCCCUCCCACAGGAGCACCUACAGGGCAGAUAGGAGCAAAAGUAUGAUUAUAACAAGCGCCGUGUCCCAGCCUCAGCUUCAGCCAGUGUACACUAUGAACGGCACAAACGGCCAGUUCGUGAGCAGCCAAGGUGACAUGACCAAAAGAAACAGCCACUUCGUGACCAGCCAAGGUGAUAUGACCAAAAGAAACAGCCAGUUCGUGACCAGCCAAGGUGAUUUGACCAAAAGAAACAGCCAGUUCGUGACCAGCCAAGGUGAUUUGACCAAAAGAAACAGCCAGUUCGUAACCAACCAAGGUGAUAUGACCAAAAGAAACAGCCAGUUCGUAACCAACCAAGGUGAUAUGACCAAAAGAAACAGCCAGUUCGUGACCAGCCAAGGGGACGUGACCAAAACAAUGAGCCAGUUCAUAGGCAGCCAAGGUGACGUGACCAAAACGCUCCCAAAGUCUCCCGUUACCGAGAGUGUUCCAAAGAGCAAAGGAGAUUCUGGGUCAAAUGACAACAGUGGAGUCGCUGAUAUCACUAUGAAGGAAGCUGUGGAGUAUCUUUCCAACGGUGACGAUACAUAUCAGCACUGUGGCGCUUCCUACAUCCAGCACAACACUUUCAUCGACGACAAGGCCAAAGACGAGGUGUUGAAGUUCAAUGGGAUCCAUCCUUUGGUGGGCCUGCUGAGCAGCUCUAGUUCACAAGUCAACAAGUCGGCCUCGGCCGCCCUGCGUAACCUGUCCUUUAAAAGCAACAGCAACAAGGAGGAGAUCCAUCGCACGGGUGGCAUCACGGAGGCUGUGGCUCUGCUCCGCGAUACAGACUCUGUAGAGAUACAGAAACAGCUGACUGGUCUUCUGUGGAAUUUGUCCUCCGUAGACAGCCUGAAGCCAGACCUAGUGAAGAGUGCUCUGCCUGUCUUGAUGGAGCGUGUGAUCCUGCCUUACACAACAGGUCCUGAUCGGACCAGCAGUAACAGCCAAGACCCUGAGGUCUUCUUUAACGCCACCGGAUGUCUUAGAAACCUAAGCAGUACAAAGCAAAGCAACAGACAGGCAAUGAGAAAAUGUCGUGGUCUGGUCGACUCAUUGGUCAGUUAUGUUAAAGAAAGCGUGGAUGCAGGAAACCCGGAUGAUAAGUCCGUAGAAAACUGCAUGUGCGUCCUGCACAACCUGACGUUCCAGCUGGAGGCCGAGGCGCCAGCUCUCUUCAGCAGGAUCACAACGUUGGCCAAGCCAGCCAACAGAGGCAACAAUCAGGACGACGCCAUCCCCAUCGGCUGCUUCAGUCCCCAGAGCAAGUCGUCAGAACACGAGCGCCACUUUGACUACCCGGUUGUUGAGGAUCCACAACCUAAUGGGGCUGGUCAGCUGAUCCACUCCAAAACUCUGCAGAGCUACCUGACUCUGCUUGGCACCAGCCAGCGAGAAGAAACACUGGAAGCCAGUUGUGGAGCCCUGCAGAACCUCACCACACAUGAAGGCAUUGUCUCCAGUGUAAUGAGCCAGACCAUUGUGCAGAAACUGAAUGGCCUGCAAGUUGUCACUCCCCUUAUAAAAUCGAACAAAGUCAACAUACAGAGGAACGCAGUGGCUUUGGUAGGAAACCUGACCAAUAACCCAAAACUGCACAAUACCAUAGCUCGUAAAGCCCUCCCAGCGCUGCUGGGUAUCCUCAGCGCCGGCACCAAGGAAGGAAAUGAGUCUGACGACACACUGGCCAUGGCCUGCCAGACUGCCAACUGCCUGCUUAUGAAGGAACCUGAGAUGGGCAAGCCCAUGUUAAACAACAACCUGAUCAACUCACUGAAAGAUCUCAGCCAAAACACAUAUUUCCCCAAAUCCAGCAAAUCCGCAGCCCUGCUCCUCUACAACCUGUGGUCAGAAAAAGAUUUACAAAGCUUCCUGAAAAAGCAAGGGAUGAUCAAGUCCUCAUUUGUGAAUGACAUCACCACGGCGGCACACAAGUCGGUUCAAGUUGUUGAUUAAUGUGACAGCUGAGACGGAUCCCUGAGAGUAAUUUGACGGAGUAGCUCCCCUGAAGGUCUUCUGCACAUCCACCGAGGCUGAGCAGCAUCCUUUCUCAUUUCACAAAGACUUGCAGAUUGUUUUUAUCAAUACAUGUAUCCACAUAAUGUUUCCAUAAACAUUACAUUAGCCCUGUAAAUGCUGUAAGGUGAAGGUUAAGAUGUAACAUGUUAGCAAUGUAACUGUUAGUUUCUAGUUUAAACUGCUUUCAGAUGUCUUUUAAUGUGCAUUUUGAGCUUGCUUUAUUAGAUAAUGACAUAAGGGUUAAGACUUUAUUUUGCACUGAGAUUGCUGUUUUAACAUCACGACACAACAUUGUAAAACUUGAUUAUGUAAAAUGAACAUAGAUAACAGAUCAUUUUCUGUUGUUGGAGUUUAUAAGUUUGCUAUAAAAACAGUGGUGCUGCCUUAAGCAGUGAUGUGUGUUUACAUUUUGUAAAGACAGCUUUUGUUGACGGUGUAUCCAUUUUUUGUUUUCACAUGUAUGUGUAUGUGAUCUUGAAAUAUUUGUAUUGUUAAAGCGAAAUAAAUAAAGCUGACAGAGUCAAAGUCA